AUGAAUAAAACUAUUAGUCCUCCUUCAAAUUUUGUAUAUCCUUGUCUACAAGAAUAUAAAAAACAACAUUAUUUAGGGAUGGAACAUAAAAUGAAAAAAGGACUAUUUCAAAAAUAUAAAAAAUGUUCAUGGUUUUUUUGCAUGGUACUUACUUUUCUCCUUUUAUUUUGUAUAUUAUGUCCUACUAAAAAUGUUAUCCUUAGACAAUAUACUAACAGAAUAUUUAAUCAAAGAGGUAUAAAGAAUUCAAAAUCUUCUAGAAUUUUAGAAGAACGUGAAUUUUUAAUAACCAAAAAUAAAUCCCUAUUAAACAUUGAUGAGGAUAUGAAUCCACAAGGAGAAGAUCUAGAUGAGAAAAAAAAGAAAUUAGAAAAACGUAUAAACGAAAUAUUAACAAAAUGUAAAAAUCGUCAAACAGACGAAUAUUUAUCACCUUUAAUUAAAUAUGAUGUAAUAAAUGAACACAAAGAACAAACGAAUAUAGGAUCAUGUGUUCAUCAUUACAAUGAUCAGAAGGAAAAAUAUGACUGUCAUAAUACUAUUUCUCAUAACAUUAAUUAUUUUAAUUAUAAUCAACAGAUUAAUAAUUCAAAUGAUACUACGAAUCUUAAUCCUACUAAUGACACUAAUCAAAUUAAUAAUUUAAAUUACUCUCAAUACAAUAAUAACCUUGAUGAUAAUUCUACAUAUGAACAGAACAAAGAAAAAUCACUAGUAACAUUUAAUUCAACACAAAUUCAUAAGGCAAACAAUGAACAAACAUAUUUCUAUCAAUUACCAGAAGAAGAACAAUUUCAGAUAUCCUCUUCCGAAGAAUAUAAAAAUAUAAAUUUCUAUAAUGAAGAAUUCUUUAGAGCCUUAUCAGAUAUGAAUAAAACUAAUAAUAAUAUACCACAAGAAUUUAAAGACUAUAUAGAAUCUUAUUUACAACAAAAAUAUCACAUUAUGACUAAUGAUGAACUGGAUACGAUGAAUAAAUAUAGAAUAGAUUAUAUUAAAUACAAAACCCUAUAUGAAUAUUUAAUUAAAAAAGCACAAAAAAAAAAAUUACUUAAAGAAAUAAAAUUAACUUUAAAAGUAACCGUUAUUAUAAUGUCCUGUCUUAUUACACUCAUAAUGUGUCCUACAUGUGUCGUAUCUCUUAUAUGUGUUUUAGCAGUUUGCACAUAUCUUUCUUUUUUAUAA